CACACAUACCUUGUUAGUUUUUCACCUGCCCUGCCAGACCAAUGCAUAUCAGCAUCCCUGUCACAGAAGAACUCCCAGAUCAUUUUGGGGGACGUUUUGUGCUAUACUCUGUGUAUCUGGAAGGAUUCCUCCUUUUCAAGGUGCGAUACAAAGACUUGCAUCUGUGGGAUGAGAAGUUUCAUCGGGUAUUUGGAAAUCUACUGCCAGCAUUUCCACCAAAAUAUUACCUGGCAAUGACUAAGUCCAUGGUCGAAGAAAGAAGGCUACAUCUAGAACAGUACCUGCAAAACCUUGUUUCAGAUAAAUCUAUCGCAGGAAGUGAGAUCUUCAUUGAAUGUUUCACAAAACUACAGCUUGAAACCUCUAAAAUUCCAAAAAUAAAGAUGAUUCUCAAUGUUUAUUUGGCAGACAGUAAACAAGUUCAAGUCAAUGUUCAAACAUCAGACAUAGCUGAGAGAGUAAUGGAGGCUGCAUUGUACAAGUUAGGUGUAUCAAGGGAGCUAAUGAAAUAUUUCAGCUUGUUUCUUGUUCAUAAGGAUAGCAAUGGUGUUUAUAAAGUUCUCUGUCUCCUGAUGAAGAAGAUUGCAGGUUUUGAGCUACCGUUUAUAACUAUCUGGAGUUUAAGUGAUGAACAAUUUCAGAUUGAUAUCAGAAAGUGGUAUUUUGAUCCCUCAGUUGAUAGAAUGCUUAUCGGUUGUACAGCUACUGUCCACUUGAUGUAUAUACAGGCUGUUCAGGAACUUGAAAUGAAAUGGUCCAAACCAACAGAAGACCAAGAUCAGAAGCUCCAGCAUCUGGCAAAGACUAAAAAAAAGUUAAAGUUUUUAGAGCUAAUGCAGGAAGUGCAGCAUUAUGGAUACUUGCAACUUGCCCCAUGUUCCAGCAAUUACCCAGAAGUGGAAACAACUGUAACACUAUCGGUUGGUAAUUCAGAAUUGAUAUUCGGCUUUAAAUUAUCCAAUGGCCAGAAUGAGACUCUCUGUUUGCCCAUUGACACCCUGACUUGUUGGCAUGUGAAAUUGCACGCAUCUGAAAAAGGAGCAGUAGUGCCAAAACAACAUCAGCAACUGGAGUUCAAGAUGGAAUACAGACAAGGAGACGUAAUUAAAUGGUUUUCUAUACAUACCGAGCAAGCAUUCCUUCUCAGCAGUUGCUUGAAAAAGAUCCUACAAGAGCAGCCCACAAAAUGUAUCAAACAGGAACUGGAGAUUAUUGAAAAGCCAACAGUCAAGAAAUCCUUGAAAAAAUGUGUACAGAUCGGAACUCAAGGAAAAAACAAGACUUAUUUAGCAAAUGCAGAAAGCAAUCCAGCAUUUGAUGGAUUCCCUGACCUUGAACUAUAGAAUUGCACAAAAGCUAUUUUUUAAAUAAACAAAAAAAAAAUCAUUAUUUAAUAAAACUAAAGAUUUUCAAAAAUAAAUGUAAGCAAUAGUAGUGAGUUGUCUAGACUAAAAAUCUAAUUAAAGAGUAUUGUUUUGUAUGCUAUAAAAUA